AUGCAGAUAGACAGAGCAGAACACAUGAGGACUGUUCGAGAAUUGAAAGAGUGGCUUGAAAAGACCGACUCGGACAGCCCUGCAAGCGAAUACAGAAAACAUCUUCAUUCGCAUGCUCGAGGGACCGGGGAAUGGAUAUUGGAAACAACACAGUACAAACAAUGGAGUCAGUCUAACAAUUUCAAGAAUCUAUGGAUCCGGGGAAUCCCAGGCUGUGGAAAAUCUGUGGUCGCAGCGAGUUUAAUCAAUCGGCUACGACGACAGGGAGACGCGAUCGUUCUGUUCUUCUUUUUCAGGGAAGUUAUUCAGAUGAAUCGCAGCCCCAGGUCUUUGAUACAAGACUUUUGUCAUGAGCUUGUUGAUCAUUCGCCUCCUCUUGUGGAAUCUCUGAAGAAUCUUAAGGAGGCCCACUCCAAUGUGACUUCCCUCCCAUUCGAGAAGCUUUGGAGUAGCUUGGCCACCUGCUUGGGAUCGAUCAAAGAGCGUGUUUUCUGUGUGGUCGAUGCUUUAGAUGAAAUGAAACGAGGCAAUGAGUCCGACCAGUUUCUCGAAGAGUUUCUCAACCUCCAAACCCCAGAGACAGUCAAAGUCAUCCUCACCAGUCGUCAAGUCCCCCAGGUUGAACGAUAUAUGAGUGGCGCAUGCCUUGUUGAUUUGCGGCUUGAUCGAAAGAAUGUAGAUAGAGACAUUGCAUUUUAUCUUACACAGAGACUUGAGAACUCUGAGAUGGAUAUUCCCGCGGAGACUGCGGAGAUCUUGAAGAAAGCCAUAUGCGAUCGUGGCAAAGGCUUGUUUCUAUAUGCUCGACUCAUGUUCGACAAGCUACUGCUACAUCCAGAUGACAUUCUAUCUCAGAUAGACUCCCUACCUGAUGGAUUAGGAGAUAUGUAUGGUGAUAUAUUGCACGAGCAUGUAUCCCGAUCAGGAACAAAUUCGCACUUCCAGCGACUCAUUCUCGAGUGGAUCAUACACUCAUCGCGUCCCAUGCGGUUGCUUGAACUUGCCAUUAUGGUGGAUGCUCUGCCCGAUCGCGGUCAUCUGGACCCCAGUAUAGAUGCCAAAAUGGGGAUUCGCACAACAUGCGGACCUUUACUGGAGGUUUGUGAGGAUGGUGUUGUUCAGAUAAUCCACCACUCUCUGACAGAGUUUGCUCUCAAUCGGGAUGUUUCUCACACCCGAAUGAGCCAACAGAAAAGGGAAUUUUCUGUGCUUGACUCCGCUUCUGUGCAUGGAAUGAUCGCACUAACAUGCCUCCGGUAUUUGGAGAAUAUUGCAAAUAAAGAACAAACAUCUCUCCAUGGCAUGACAUCCAGGCAAAGAAAAGAUAUGUACUUGCGGCAUUACUUUCUUCAGUAUGCUGUCAGUGAAUGGCCCUUCCACGCCGUCAAUGGCCCCGAGUCUAAUGAGAACCUGCUUGACUGUCUGAUCAAAUUUUUCCAGCCAGGAAACCUCGCCCUCAAAUUUUGGGAGGGGCUAAGGCGUGAAGAAUGGAACAGAUCACACCCGGGCCGUUGGGACAGGGACUGCAAAGACGAUGUCCCUCCUUUGUUUAUUGCAGCACAUUAUGGAAUAACAUUCCUCACACGCCACUUCCUGAAAAAUGGAGUAUCUCCUGAUGUCUAUGAUUCUCAUAGAUUAACCCCGCUCGUUUAUGCAAUAGAAAGAGGUCACAACGAAAUCAUCGAGUUGCUACUCCAGCAUCAGGCCAGCCAUGACGUUGGAUGUGCAGAAAAAGGAAAGCCCGUUCAUUUUGCGGCAGAGCGCAACAACACCCAGGCAUUGCAGAAUCUCAUUGUGGCUGGGGCGGACAUGGCAGCCGAAAAGAUCGUUUCUGAUAUCAAUCAAACGUACGACCACAGGAAUGAAAGAUACGAGACAUCUCAAUCUCGAGACACCCCCUUUCUCAUUGCGUGUCGACAGGGACAUGUUGAGACGAUUGAUUUACUCAUCAAUCACUGUCAGCAAUCUCAUCUUUUCAAAGGUCUUCAUAUCGCCAUUCUAGAGGGACAAUUAAAGGUAAUCGAGGCUUUGCUACGAGUCCAGGGUGUUCGAAGUAUGAUCAAUGAUCGAGAUUGCAAUGGAAACACUGCUCUCUAUAUGGCAUCCAAAAAGCGACGGUCCGACCUUGUUGAAUGCUUACUGAACUCUGGUGCGGAUGUAAAUGCUCUGUCUAUGAACCUCAAUUCUCCUCCCGAGCCUCCUUCUUCAUCACCAAUGAGCCGCAAGGUUCUUCCAAGCUACACGCCUGUACACGGAUGGGCUAUAGGGCCUCAGUUUCUCCGAACAUCCAAAUUCAAAUCGUGGGACAACAGAAAUCAUCCAAUAGAGGAGAGUGUUCUGCAAUCUCUACUCUCUGCAGGCUGCGACAUAAAUGCAAAAGAUCAUCGUGGGCGAUCUGCUCUGUUUUUCUGGUCCGAGUUUUGUUCUUACAGCGCAGAAGAUCCCAUCAUACCUCUGCAAGUGCUAAUAAAACAAGGUGCCGACGCCUCGAUCCUGGACAGAACUGGCGCGUCACUUCUUCACAUGAAAGGCACACCGCUAACCUUGGAGAUUCUCCAACUUCUUGUUGACUCGGGCCUGGACAUUAACGUGUCACGUUGUACUGAUGGAGCGACUCCAUUGAUGCUAGCGGCUGGAUCAAAGGAGACAGAUCCAUUUAUCUUCCAGGCGGUGAAUGCCGAUUUCCAUCGUCAGGAUCUGGCAGGUAAUACGGCUUUGUUUUACUAUCUCAGGAAAUCUAGAAGAGAGAGUCUUCUACAACUGGAAAACUGGAUCAAGCUUUCAAACGUGAACAUCCAAAAUAACUUCGGCAAAACACCUUUUCUUGAGUUCCUCCACUAUAAUGGGGAUUCGGACGAAAAGCUUGUCGAAAUAUUCAAGAAAAUGGACCAGCAAGGAAUGUCUAUCCAUACCCGCGACUUUACAGGGAAAAAUGCACUUUUGACCGGGCUCUCACACUGGAAGCAUUAUUGGAAAUCUGGCCAGAAUUUGAUAGAGGAGCUACUAAGCAUGGGCUUGAACGUUCAAGAAACGGAUGACGAGGGGAAAUCCGGUGAGUUCAAAGUGAUGAUCCAUGCUAACAUUUCGCACUAA